AUGCCCAGAUCACCAUCCAAGUCUAAAAGACCAAGAAGUCGUACACUAAGCAUCGUUUCUGGGAAUUCUCAUAGCACCUCAUAUAAUUUGUACAAAUUACUACUCAAAGAACUCGGAAUUGAUAUUAGAGAUCAAAGAUUGAAAACAAGAGAAGAUGAUGAUCCAGAGAGAAACAUUGGUGGUUCAAUAUUGAUCUCAUCUGCUGAAUCAUUGGAGCAGAUCUUGAAUAUGAUCAAAUUACCAUUUUAUCUUGAAAAUUUCAUCAUUUUUGGUUUAUUAUCAUGUUUAAAUUCAUUUCUUAAAAUGUUGGUAAUUUUACCAAUAAAGAUUAUUAUUGAUAUAUCUGUUCUGAUAUAUAAGUUUAGAAAUCAAUUCAUAAUAAGGAAUAACCAAGAAAGAGUACCAUUAAGAGAUCAUUUCAGUAUAAUCAAUUCCAAGAAUUUAUUAUUAGCUUCAAUUUUAUUUUUAGCUAUGAUUUCAAGUAACGUUGAUACAUCAAGAAUUUAUCAUACUAUAAGAGCUCAAUCUUCUAUAAAGCUAUAUGUUAUGUUUGGUGUUUUGGAAAUUGCAGAUAAAUUAAUGGCCACAGUUAAUCAAGAUUUAAUGAAUGUAUUAUUUAGUUACAAUACAAUUUUAACAAAAGAUUUAACUUCACUGGGAUUAUUUUGUUUAUUUUAUGGAUUAAGUGUUGUUUUUCUAUCUAUACAUACUGUUAUCUUGAUUUAUCAAACCAUUGCUUUGAAUGUUGCAGCUAAUUCUUAUUCAAACUCUUUAUUAACCUUAUUAUUAUCAAAUCAAUUUGCAGAGAUUAAAGGUGCUGUUUUCAAAAAAAUUGAUCGUGAAGGUUUAUUUCAAAUGAGUUGUGCAGAUGUUGUUGAAAGGUUCCAACUAUUAACAAUGUUAACUAUUAUUAGUUUAAGAAAUAUUGUUCAAAUUGGUAAUGAUUCAAAUGGUAUUGGAUUAAUACCAAAUUCUUCAUUUAUAAGUUGGAAUAAAGCCCUAGGGAUAAUUUUCGGUCCAACAAUGAUUGUUAUUGGAAGUGAAUUAUUAGUUGAUUGGGUUAAACAUGCAUAUGUUACUAAAUUUAAUAAAAUAAGACCUCAAAUUUAUAGUAAAUUUUUAAAUGUUUUCGCUAAUGAUAUGGUUAAUAAUUUUAAAAUUAGAGUUUCAAAUAAUAAUGAUGACAAGAUACAACAUAGAAUUGGAUUACCAUUACCUGCUUUAUUUGUUUUAUUUAUAGUCAUGUCAAAAAAUACUCUAAGUUGGUUUUUAUUAGAUAAAUCUGUGAAUGAUUCCAUAUUGGGUCAAAUUAUUUGGACAAAUUUAUUUAUAUUUAUUGUGACAUUUAUUACAUUAGUUUUUUUUAAAUUAUUGAUAGAAUUGAUUUUAAUUAAAUGGGCAAAUCAAAAAUUGAAAAAAUUGAACUUACAAUCCAAAAAUAUAAAUACAGAAGAUGAUUAUGUACCAGGAUUGGUAUCUGGUGGGAUGGGUGCUAUUGAUGAUGAAUCAAGAACUUUACUUUAUGAUUCAAAUGAAACCAUACAACCUAGUUUAAAUGAGAUUAGACAGCGGAAAGAAUCCAAGACGCAGGGGAACCUUAAUGAAGUGACUAGAUAUAGAAUGUUUUCCAAAAAGAUUUGGUAA